GUGAAUAAGUACUGCUGCCCUCAAUCAUUACAAACUCUCUGUGCAAAAACCAUCGUCACGUUUCAGUAUGCACCACUUGACGCUUGCCUUACUGCUUAGUGUAUUACUCGUCGCCGUAGUGGAUAUAAGUCAGGCCAGGAACGAAGAGGAAAUUCAAUGGAAUUCUAUAAAGGCUGUCAGAUUUAACAGGGAAGAAGCCCGCGGUCCCAUGGAUUAUGCUAGGGGAAGCAGCGGAUUCAAAACUUUCCACAGAAGAAAUCCAUUGAGAAGACGUUAUCGUCAACGAGUUCGAGCGCGAGGACAAUUGCUAGAUGGCGACGGCCCAAUACCCCCUCGCACCUGGGGCAGAAAACACUACCCAUAGGAGAAAACAAGCUAGACUUACACUCAACCUAAUAGUUCAUUCGUUGACAACUCUAUGUUUUUGCAAUGUAAUAGAGCUCAAACGUACUGCAGAUACUCCUUUCCAAGUUGAUAAUUG